CAAAAUUUCAAUGCGCCCACUACGAAUACCAACAGUUUCUACCAUUUCGACCUUUGCGCCAGCCGAAUUGGAAACUUGAUAGCGAGCUGAGAGAAGCUCGCAGGACGGUUAAUCAAGAUGGUGAACCCGGGAAAGCGCAUGCACAUACUGCAAGCCCUACUGGCAUUACGGCAUGGCCCGGGAGCAGCGAUAUUACCACCCGAGAUCACACGGAUACACAUGGACUUCGCAUUGAAGUGGAAUGACGGACACUUGGGACCGAGGAAAUUCUGGAGGACCUGCCUCCCACGUCUAAAAUUCUGGAACCCCGCGAUACCUAUGCUCGUAAACCGAACGCCGGACCAGUCAGCCCCGGCCAAGAUGUCCAUCUACUUCCGACAAGCCUCGCUGGGCUCCGAUAUCCCUUCCGCUCUAACCACCAAGCUUAGCGAGCUGCCACUAGCACGGCAACCGCACUCGAGCGUAUCGAACGAGCACCCAGCACCCGAGCCCGAGGAAGGCGAGCGUGUUGUGACGAUAGACAUGAAAAACGUGCACUCGGACGACAUCCUCAACGAAUUCAUGACUAAGACGGGUGCUACUCUCAUCCACCCGACACCCGACGAGCAGGUUGAGAUGCGGCAACUCGAGGAACUUAACGAGAAAGCUGCUAUCGACCGAUCAAUCAUGAAGAAGUAUAUCGACGAUUUGAAGCGCGAGGAGCGCAUACUGGCUCUAGCUCGCCAAGAAGCCGAUGCUAUCAAGAUGGCCAACGAUUAAGAUCGCCGGGGGCCACUAUGCCAGAGAAAAUUUUCUGCCCCAAUAAAUAAAAAUGAGGUGGUUGAUAUAUAAAAGCUGGCCGAGAGCAGCUACAACAACAACAACAACAAAUCUUUCGAGAGAACCUCUUUUACUACGUUCGACUCGUCGCUCUACCUGUACCAAGACGUGUAUCAUACGCAGACGAUGCUAGGCGCAUAAAACUGCAGGGGAUAUUUAUAUGUAUAUCCAGAAAGGAAGUAUAUACCGCGCCUCUGCAAGAAGGCGACGUCCAUGACGGGAUGUCUACCUUACUUAUCAGGUACUGAAUGAAUAAAAAUAACAAUCAGAAGACAUGCUG